AUGGCCUCCGCCAACCGCAAGAAGGUCCUCCUCAAGGUCAUCAUCCUCGGCGACUCUGGCGUCGGCAAGACCUCGCUCAUGAACCAGUAUGUCAACAAGCGCUUCUCGAACCAGUACAAGGCUACUAUCGGUGCCGACUUCCUCACCCGCGAGCUUGUGGUCGACGACCGCGUCGUGACGAUGCAGCUGUGGGACACUGCCGGCCAGGAGCGUUUCCAGUCCCUCGGUGUUGCCUUUUACCGCGGUGCCGACUGCUGCGUACUGGUGUACGACGUCAACUCGAGCAAGAGCUUUGAGGCUCUCGAUGGCUGGAGGGACGAGUUCCUUGUGCAGGCCUCCCCACACGACCCCGAGAACUUCCCCUUUGUCGUCCUUGGCAACAAGAUUGACAUGGAGGAAUCGAAGCGCAUGGUCUCCCAAAAACGCGCGAUGACGUGGUGCCAGGCCAAGGGCAACAUUCCGUACUUUGAGACCUCGGCCAAGGAGGCCAUAAACGUUGAGCAGGCCUUCCAGACCAUUGCCAAGAAUGCGCUCGCCCAGGAGGCCGAGACUGAGCUGUACGCCGAUUACCCCGACCCGAUCCGCAUCGACUCGGACAGCUCUCAGAACUACGGCCCCUGCAGCUGCUAA